ACCGGGAGGAGCAACGGUUGGCUUUUCAAAGGAUGGAGGAGCAAAGGGCGGCCGACAUGCAAAGGUAUGAAGAAGACUACCGGAGGAUGUAUGGGCCGACAUAUUCAUACAUGUCCCAACUUGGCGGGUUUGCCUCCAUGGCCUCACCUCCACCGGCACCUUCUUGGUACAACCCCUCCGAUUGGGGUAAUUUUGGCGGCUCGAGUUCCGGCGGUGGUGGUUAUGAUGGCGGGGACACUACCAUGGGCGAGGGAGGAGGUGAUGACAUGCAUGGGAGCGGUUUUGGCGGAGGCUACUAUGGUGGAGAGGGCGGGCACUAAGGAUAGUGCCAUGAUUCAAGUGUGGGGGAGGAAGAUCAUCUUUUGGACACUAUCUCUUGGAGAGGCAGAAGAAGAACAAAAGAAGAAGAAGAGAAAAAGAAGUAAGAGGCAUAGAAGACCAUUAAACCCAAAGAGAUGUUAUUUUGUAAACUCAUUUACAAUACUUGGUGGUUUUAAUUCCUUAUUUCUUCCAAAUUCUGAACUCAUGAUCUUUUGACAAACAUUUUGUAAACAUUUGGUUUUACUCGAGGUCGAGUAAAGGAACUAAGUGUGGGGGAGUUGACAUUCAUGUUAUUUCCAUGUUUA